CUUUGAAAUGUUGAAAACAUCUUUAUGUGAAUCUGUGUAUACCGUGAUAAUCAGAAUAUAUCUUUGAACAAAUGGAAAUUAAUUCGGAUAGGGCGAAAGCUGUCAGCCAGUUAUUAUACAUCACAGACCAAUAUGACAGAUGUAGAUAUCUUGACGAGCAGGAUAUUAACAAGUUGCUUUCAUUUGUUAAAUCCAUUGAAAAGCCCAAAACACCGCUUAACAAUUUUGCUGUGGACAUUGUAAAAAGACUAGAAAUUCUUGAGUCAAAAGCUUGUGGUAAAAAUAUGACGUAUUUCCAACAAUCUUGCUACUUUCUGUCACCCGAAAAGCAAACAUGGACACAAUCACAGAAAAGUUGUGCAUUAUACGGCGGUGUGCUGGCGGAAAUUGAAACUCCAGAGGAAAAUGAUUUUAUUGUUCAAACCAUCUUUAAACCUUAGGUAGGGGAUGGUAAGUCAAGCACAGAGAUUUAAAAAAAAACAUAUG